UGACAUAUCAACCAACGUCUCAUCUGUAAUCAAUUUCAUGCAAACUGACUGGUCAGUCCGACGACAUCCGUCCGUUCAGUUUGUGCGCUCUGCAGCACAGCAAUUGAUUGAGUUUGUCAGUCUGACAUCCGAUAAGCAUCGUUCGAUGAUGGAUAACAGAUGCUCAGACAGACCACACUCAGCCCAUUGCCGGAGGAGCAGACCACGCACGCACCAACCACAAGCUAGGGACAAGAGGUAUACAGGGAGGCAGGCAGGCAGGCAGCCGGGAAGGUGUGCACUACCGUGGUCAGAGUCGGUCGGCACCGAGGCAGGCUGUGGCUGGGCAUAGCCACAGACCCCAGCCAGGUAAGACGAGAGAGGUAAGACGAGAGAGAGAUGAUGCGCUGCCUGCUUGAUUUCUUUCUUUCUUGAUAAACCCAUCCAUCCAUCCAUCAGGCGUCCCCGAUGCGAUUACACCACAGCCAGACUUGACGUCAGCAAACAACACAACGCACGCAACAAAACAAGGUCAAACAACAGGCAGCCAGCCGUCCGUCAGACAGACAGACAUUCAGCCAAAAUCGUACACUUACACAUCACAUGUACGUGUAAUAUGUGUGUAUGUAUGUAUGUAUGUAUGCGUGUGUGCAUGGUGUGCAUGCCGAUUGAUGCAGAAGGACUGGCUGCCUUACACGACACCACACGACACGCGCAUGUCAUGGCCGUGACUGAGCGAAUGAGUCAGUGAGUGAGUGAGUCAAUGAUGUGUGCCUGGCACGGAUGUGGUGAGGCAAUCCAAUGGAUGAAGGGUCUCUCUCGAGAUAUUCCCUCCAUCUCAGAGCUGCUCUCUCACACAGGGGUGACCCUGACCGAUAGGCGUGGCAUCCAAAUCCACGACGCUGUUUCUGCAGACAGCGUAGAGGAUCAGGAUGCCACCCGUUGCCGCCAAGGCCGCCGCCAUGUGCUUCGAAGCCAGCACCAGAAUCAGUAAGUGAGUCGCCCUCAAUGGAUGCCUGCCUCGCUCUAAACCGACCCGCCCGGCCUGCCUGCAAAAAGCGCCACUACUUCGGCAGGCCAGCAGCGGAUAUCACAGCAGGAGGCGUACGCAAAGAGCGAUACGAUACGGCAACAUAUGUGAACGAAUGCGCGUGCACGUGUGUGUGUGUGGGCGAGUGAGGGAGUGAGUGAGUGACUGAGUGAGUGCCUCAGUGGGUGAGGCCGCUCGCCAGGUGGCCUGGUGAAAAUGGCCGCCUGGCGGUGAUAUGCAGGCGAGGCGUCGUGUACAUAUACACUGAGAACAGCGGCAGGGCAGACAGACAGACAGUCAGACAGACAGUCAGACAGACAGACAGGGAGUGAGGCAGUGAGGGAGGGAUCGAGGCAGACAGGCACGCAGAGACCAAAAAACAGCCUGCCUACGUCCAUUUAUUAUGUCGGUGCGAUGGUAAGAAAAGCGAGGGGCGGGAUGCGUGUGUGUGUGUGUGUGUAUGGGAGAGAGAGCGAGGGCAGACAGACAGACAGACAGACAGACAGGCAGGCAGACAGACAGCUAGGCAGCCGGGCAGGCAGGCAGGAAGGCACAAGAAGUCAGCAGGCAGGUAGAAAGUAAGCAAAAACCAGCGUCAGCAAGCCUAGAGCACCGAGUCGUCCGUCCACUCGCAAGCUUCUCGCAAACACAGGAAAAAGUCACUCACUCGAACUCCAGCACGUCAAAAGGAUCAUCGCUCUCGUCCCACCUGCAACACGCACACACAACACGCACACACACACACAGAGGUACAGAUUUGCUCCGCCCCCCGCCAUCAUCAACAUUUGUGGCCUCUUCCUGACCUGGCGAAGUUGGUCCUGAUGCUCUCGAUGAGGAGCUGGUCCAUGCCCUCGGUAGUGUGGGACCACAUCGCCUUCCUCCUGCCCCUCAGGGCAUGCUUCCUCGGCUCGUUGUCGGGACCAAAAGUAGAGAGGUGACGGAACACCGAGAACCACAGAACCGAUACCAAAACAAAGACCAGCCCCGUGACGCCGAACCACCGCGCCAGGAACCACGUCUGCCGCUUGCACUUGGCGACGCGCUCGUCUGCGGGCUGAGAGGCCGGUUGUGCAGGAGAGGCUGGCAGAGUCCGCGCAGUCGCCCCUCGGUCGGUCACGGCAUCUGUGUCAGUUUUGCAGGGGACGGGGGACCAGCUGCGAGUGGCAGGCGGGGGGAUGCAUGGAGAGCAGGGGUCGUCGUCGGACGUGGAACCAGACGUCGAAGCGUUCGAGGGUGACGCCGGCGCGUCGAGAUCUGUGUGGGCCAUCUAGCAGCGGAGAGUGCUGGUGGUCGCCCGACAGCAAGAAAGCCCAG